GUUGCUCCUUUGUGUAAAUUGCCAACAUGGCUCCUCCUGCAGGUGUCUGAAAACCCUCACGCUGAGUAUGGCCUGACAGACAACAUCCAGAGGACGGCAGAGAACGAGAAGGCGAGCGCAGAGAAGAUGUCGAAGCAGAAGGUGGACCUGCAGGCGCUGCCCACCAGAGCGUACCUGGACCAGACGGUGGUUCCCAUCCUGCUGCAGGGGCUGUCGGUGCUCGCCAAGGAGAGGCCUCCGAACCCCAUCGAGUAUCUGGCAGCGUUCCUGCUGAAGAACAAGUCCCAGUUUGAGGAGAGAACUUGAACUUGAAGUGUGACGCUGCAGCGUUUCGUACAGUAGAAGCUCCUGUUUGUUGAUGAACUGCUAGAUUCUUUUUUUAAUUCACAAUAAACGUGCUGAUGUGAAGGACGA